UUGUUUGUAUGUCUUGAUUUCAGGUACAAUUUGGCGCUGAUUAUUAUUGCCUUGCCGCCGUUAUCCCUUUUUGGUGUUUGCACAAAUGUUAUCAACAUAUACGUGUACUCUCGGAAAAGGAUGCAAAACUCGGCCAAUACUUAUUUGUUAUUUCUUGCCUGCAGCGAUUUCUUGGUGAUUGUCACGGGUCUUUUUAUCUUUUGGAUUGAUUCUGCUCGAUCGUACAUACCGGAAUUGGCCAGAGCACCGUAUACGACCGUCUAUAUUCUACCAUUCGGUUAUAUGGCUCAGACAUGCAGUAUCUACUUCACUGUAGCCGCCGCUUUCGACUGCUUUAUAAACGUAUGCUGGAAAUCAGUAUCUAACGAUUACUGUACAAUACGUCGUGCUAAGCAGAUCUGUACCACGGUCAUUAUCGUCUCAAUCAUGUACAAUUCACUACGAUUUCCUCAAUUCAACCUCAGAAAGUGCUUUCAUGAGACUAGUGGAGACCAAAUCAUCGAGAUCUGCCCGACAACAUUGUUUUUUACAAUUAAUAUGGUCUACAAUGUGUAUAUGUACAUGGUAUUGAUGACUCUGCUACCGUUUCUCUUUCUUCUUUGCCUGAACGCUGUCAUCGUAGUGAGACAAAGCCUUGAAACGAACAAGCAGACGCAAGUUGGAGCUGAUGAUACCAUAACAAUGAUCAUGGUCGUCAUUUUAUUCUUGGCUUGUAAUACUCUGGCUUUGGUGGUCAACGUGAUUGAGACGUUCUUCGAUCCUGAUCCCCUAUUGCUCAAUCUACUCUCAGAUGCCAGUAAUUUUCUGGUCAUUCUCAACUCUUCUGUUAACUGUGUAAUAUAUUUCGUCUUCAACAAAGAGUAUCGUGAAAUAGUAUUCUCGAAGUUCCACCAAACGGUCGACAAGUGGUCCAAGAAAGCUCUGUGCUGUUGCUGUCGUUGUUGUUUCGGACGGAGGCACCAGCAAAAUCUUGCCUAUCAUCCAGUGGUAAAUGGGCGUGACAAACAUAGACCACCCUCAUUGCGGUGUGUUAUCAACGAAAACAACGCCGACACUGUUACAACAACAAUUACACCAGCGUCACCAAUUUGGCAGCCUCUCACCCAACGACACUUACCGAAUAUGGAAUGGCCCAUGGGUAGUUAUGAUCCGACGGCCGACCAUAUGACACUGAUGGAUGAUGAGGCUGACAGUGGAUGGGAUGACGCAAGCCAGAUUUUCGAAGAUGUCAGGCUGUAG